ACCCGCUACUCCACACAGGCUGCUCUGAAGCGGAAAACGCGCCGAAAAAGGCUCAUUAUCAUCGGCUUUGUCGUCAUAACUAUUAUUGCUGCUGCUGCCGCAGUUGUUCUUGCUUUGACCCUUGGAAAGAAGCAUUCAAGUUCUUCCUCUUCCGGAUCGGGGUCAUCUUCCUCGGGUGGUAGCAGUGGUGGUAGUAGCAGUUCGUCGACGUCGGGGAAAUCGGGAAGUAUCAUCACAAUGGAGGAUGGAACCAAAUUCACCUAUGUAAAUAACUUUGGUGGCGAGUGGGCAUACGACCCCAAGAAUCCAUUCGCCGCUGGAGGUAAAUCGCAGAGUUGGAGCAAACGGGUCGGUUCAGAAGAUUGGGUGUGGGGUUCGGACUACGUUCGAGGAGUAAAUCUCGGAGGAUGGCUAGUGACGGAACCUUUCAUCGUGCCGGCUUUAUAUGAAAAAUAUAUCAACAACUCAGCUGGUAUCACCGUUGUAGACGAGUGGACACUAUCACAAGCGAUGGGCUCCAACCUUGCAACUGAAAUGGAAAAUCAUUACAAGACUUUCAUCACUGAGCAAGAUUUUGCCAACAUUGCUGCUGCCGGCCUGAACUGGGUCAGAAUUCCGAUUGGUUUCUGGGCUAUUGAGGCUAUCAACGGCGAACCUUUUCUGGUGGGAACCUCAUGGACUUACUUCCUCAAAGCCAUCCAAUGGGCAAGGAAAUAUGGCAUCCGCAUCAAUCUCGAUUUGCAUGCAUUGCCUGGAAGUCAAAAUGGAUGGAAUCACUCUGGAAAAAGCGGUUCCGUUAAUUUCAUGAACGGAGUUAUGGGCAUCGCCAACGCUGAACGAGCCCUGACAUACUAUCGCAUCCUCGCGGAAUUCGUCAGUCAGCCAGAGUAUAAAGACGUGGUCCUCAUCCUGAGUAUCGUGAACGAAAUUCUUUGGAGUACAAUUGGUGAAGAAUCUAUCAAGAGCCUCUACGUCAAAGCGCACGAUACUAUUCGAAAAUCUACUGGAACUGGGGCCGGCAAUGGACCGUACAUUGCGAUUCAUGAAGGCUUCCAAGGGGUAACUGAACGUGUUGGCAGUUUCCUUGCGGGAUCGGAUCGUGUAGUUUUGGACCAACACCCAGUGAAAAUAUUCAUUAACUUAUUCACGUCUAGUGCCUGGGCUAUCGCAACUAAUCAAUCCGAGCAGGUGUUUGGGGUAACAAUUGGCGGUGAAUUCUCAACAGCGAUCAACGCCUGCGGUUUAUGGCUGAAUGGAAUUGGAUCCGGUGAAGAUUCAUCGUGCGCUGUCUGGGAUGACUGGGCAAACUAUACCCCCACCGUUGUCUCAGGCCUCUUGGAGGUAACAUUGGCUUCCAUGGAUGCUUUGCAGAACUACUUUUUCUGGACCUGGAAGAUCGGGAAUUCGUCAGUUCUGGGAACAUCCUCAAGUCCCAUGUGGCACUAUCAACUUGGCUUGCAGCAAGGAUGGGUACCAAAAGAUCCACGGCAAGCCAUUGGCCAGUGCGGCAGCGUUCUUACGACAUCCCAGCCAUUCAAUGGGAACUUCCCUUCGACUGCAACGGGAGGAGUAAACAUUUCUCCUCUUCCUCGCUCAGCACCCACUUAUUUUGACCCUGCUCAAUCCUCGUCAUAUCCCUUCCCACCACCCACACUUUCACCUUCAUUCUCUGCCACCCAGAUGUCCCUCUUGCCCACAUACACGGCUACGGGGACUCUAAAAACAUUGGCUGUCCCCACUUUCACUGCUGCUCCAAAGGCCACCGUCGGCACUGGAUGGAACAAUCCCUCCGACAAUACCCCCGCGUUUGUGCCUGUAGCUGGAUGUCAAUACCCAGAUGCAUGGAACGCCGUAAAUGCCACCCUUCCCUCAACUCCCUGUACAGGAUCUUGAUGCACCUUUAUGGACUCCCUUUCGCUUUCCUCCUCGGACAUUGCAAUGACUAUUUCCGCUAUCCUUUCUGCAGGGGAUCUAUAUAUCUAUCUAUGGACAAAUUAGACGCGUAUCCUAGCCGCUGCAGUAAUGCAUGUAUCUCCCUCACGUAUCAUUGUCAUCUAGUUGACUCACACGUUCGAAACCACAUACCCAGUACAAACGUUUUCCUCACGACCACGUCGAUAUUCCCUGUUUAUGUAUUUGAAUUCACCCAUAGAUCUGCUUCUAGUUAGGUGUCACCUUGUGUUGAAAUUGCUCUCAGGAAAAUUCAAUCAUGGUUGACGC